CAGUCGAAACAGUUGGCACUGACAACACUGCCACUACUACCUGUCAAGAUGAUAUCCAAAACAAAAAGUUUGUAAAUAACACCCGAAAAAUGAAUUUACAAACACUGUUCCAAGACUUCAACCCAAGUAAAUUCGUGGUGCACACGUGCCUAUUAGUUUUCACAGCCCUCUUCGCAAUAAGACUCGAUAAUUACGUAACGUGGUCUUUCUGGUGCGUAUUCGCCCCCAUUUGGAUAUGGAAAGUGUUGGUAAUUUUAGGUGCAACAGUCGGAAGCUACGUAUGGUGGAGAUACCCUCAUUUCAGGUUAGACUGUGAGGCGUACAUCCACUACAAGUCAAUGCUGAUAUCCCUAGCGUUACAUUUGAUAUUGUUAAUGUUCGAACUGCUCGUAUGUGAUAAGCUGGAAUCAAACAGACAUUUGUGGAUUCUGGUUUUUAUACCGCUGAUUUUCAUAUCGAUAGUUAGCAUAGCCGUGUGCAUUUGGGCUGUUAAACAUGACAGGUCGUUUGAGCUGGAGCUCUUCUGCGCCGUGAACGUGCUACAGUUCAUCUUUCUAGCCCUACGCUUAGACGGGUUCAUCAGCUGGUCCUGGGAAGUGGUGUUCGUGCCGCUGUGGAUAGUGAUGUGCUUGUCGUUAGUGGGUGUGCUGUACACCAUUAUUUUCGCCGCCAUUUUGUUAAGAACUCCAGAAGUUAAUGCUCAACAAAGACGGUCUAGUUUUAAGUCGGCGUUAGGGUACACUUUUUUAGUUAUUCCUAUUUUAAUAUUCCAAGUAUUACUAGCCAACAAAUUGGACGGCGAGAUUCGUCUGUCGUACACAGCCGUCGUCAGCCCCCUUUUCAUUUCGUUCACAACGUUAAUUUUAAUGUCGUUCAGUGCCAAGGGAGGCAACCGAUGGUGGUUCGGCAUGCGCAAAGACUUCUGCGCAUUCGUCCUUGGCGCUUGCCCCCUCCUCCAAGAAUACGCCAACAUUGCCUACCACAGCGAACGGCGGAGCAACGGCGUCGAACUCCAACAACAAAACGAGAAAAGCGAUCCCGCGAACGUCAAGAAAGCCGACUUGCUUAAGCCAGUUCUGCCCAUAAUCUCGAUCGAAAUGCCUGACUGAUCGUGUCUAGUGCUUCCUGAUCGGUGGUGUGACCUUGUGAUGGAUUUUGUUGCCAAACGUUGUAAUUUUGUUAAUUUUUAAUUGUUAAUACGUAUGAGACGAUACGGGGUUUUAUUUUCGUUGGCGUUGUAAGUGAGGUUGUUUACCGAUGCAUUUAUUAACUGUACACAGAGCUGCACAAGUUUUGUUAGCGGGGUUAGGUUGAUUCGUACUUACAUUGCCAGUUGCAGGAUAUAUUUUACUAUAAUUGUGUUGUAAAUAUACAUUUUUAAUUUAA